GCCUCCUGGGGUCCUUCGGCCUGCUGGACGGUGUCCUUCCCUUCCCGCAGACGUCCCAGGGAGUCCCGGUGCGACGUUUCAAGACGCUGAGCGAGCUGAUUGCCCUCUACCUGCAGCCAAACCAGGGCCUGGCCUGCACUCUGCUCUUCCCUGUGGAACGGGAGAAGGAGAAAGAGAACGCGGAGGAGAGGGACUAUUCCGACGGGGAGGACGAGAAGCCCCCCUUGCCCCCUCGCUCGGGCUCCACCAGCAUUCCUGGGGGCAGCAGCCCCUCCCUCCUGGCGACAACCCCCCCCGCCGCGCCGGGCCGAGCCCCGGAAAGCCCCACCAAUGGACUCAGCACCAUUUCCCACGAAUACCUGAAAGGCAGCUACUCCCUGGACCUGGAGGCGGUGAAGGGAGGGGCCAGCAACCUGCCCCACCUCAACAAAACCCUCGUCACAUCCUGCCGGCGCCUGCACAGCGAGGUGGACAAAGUCUUAGCAGGCCUGGAGAUCUUGUCCAAGGUGUUUGACCAGCAGAGCUCCCCAAUGGUGUCUCGCAUCCUGCAGCAGACUGCCGGGCAGACAGGAGAGGGGCAGGAGUUGGACAGUUUGGUCCUGAAGCUGUCCAUCUUGAAGGACUUCCUCUCCAAUAUUGAGAAGAAGGCCCUCAAAGCUCUCCAGGACAUGAGCUCCACCGCCCAGCCUGGACAGGCUCAGCCAUCUUUUCGCAAAGUGAAGAGCAUCCCCGUUCAAACAUUCGAGGUGAAGCUGGACCUGACCUUGGGCGACCUGACCAAAAUCGGGAAGUCACAAAAGUACACCUUAAGUGUGGACGUGGAAGGGGGCAAGUUGGUGGUCUUAAAGAAGCAGAAGGACUCCCAGGAGGACUGGAACACCUUCACCCACGAGAGGAGUAAGUCUCCCACCCACUUCGCCGAAGCCUUUUCCAGGCCACCUUCAUGCCAGGCCAAUGAAGGCAACAAAGGGGCCGUGGGGGUCUCCUUCAUGUUCAACGGCACCUCCUUCGGCUUCGUCAAUUGCCACCUCACCUCCGGUAACGAGAAGACGGCCAGGAGGAACCAGAAUUACCUGGACAUCCUGCGCCUUUUGGCCCUGGGUGACAAGCAGCUGAGCUCCUUCGACAUCUCCCUCCGCUUCACCCACCUCUUCUGGUUUGGGGACCUCAACUACCGUCUGGACAUGGACAUCCAGGAAAUCCUCAACUACAUCAACCGCAAGGAGUUUGAGCCUCUCCUCAAAGUGGACCAGCUCAACCUGGAGAAGGAGAAACACAAGAUCUUCCUCCGAUUCAGUGAAGAGGAAGUCACCUUCCCUCCUACCUACCGCUACGAGAGGGGCUCCCGCGACACCUACGUGUGGCAUAAACAGAAGCCCACAGGGGUCAGGACCAAUGUCCCUUCUUGGUGUGACCGCAUCCUCUGGAAAUCCUACCCAGAGACACACAUCAACAGCACCUCCUAUGGCUGUACAGAUGAUAUCAUGAGCAGCGACCAUUCUCCGGUCUUCGCAGCCUUUGAAGUUGGAGUCACGUCUCAGUUCGUUUCCAAAAAAGGGCUCUCCAAAUCCUCAGACCAGGCCUACAUAGAGUUUGAGAGCAUCGAAGCCAUUGUGAAGACAGCCAGCCGGACAAAAUUCUUCAUUGAAUUCUACUCCACCUGUUUGGAAGAAUUCAAAAAGAGCUUUGAGAACGAUUCCCAGAGCAGCGACAACAUCAAUUUCUUGAAGGUCCAGUGGUCCUCCAGGCAACUGCCCACGCUCAAGCCAAUCCUCUCGGACAUCGAAUACUUGCAAGACCAGCAUAUCCUGUUGACCGUCAAAUCCAUGGAUGGCUACGAGUCCUACGGCGAGUGCGUCAUCGCCCUCAAAUCAAUGAUCGGGAGCACGGCGCAGCAGUUCCUCACCUACCUCUCCCACCGGGGGGAGGAGACGGGCAACAUUCGGGGGUCCAUGAGGGUUCGGGUCCCAGCAGAACGGAUGGGGACUCGGGAGAGGCUGUAUGAAUGGAUCAGCGUCGACAAAGAUGAGACCGGAGCUGCUAAGGGGAAGCUGCCUCAUCCGGCAUCACGGACCAACCUGGAGCACAGCAAGUAAAUGGGGGAACCUGGGGAUUCGGGAGGAAAUGGACCAGUGGUGGUAGGCUACUGGUUCGCCAUCACGGCUAUAGACCCUCCCACCAACCCCGGUGCAAAAGCCUCAGCUGGUGCGGGGAAAGUUGUGUGCGUGCAUUAG